UAUUUUCAAAGACAGGAUUUAUAUUCUUUCAAUGAAAUUUGGAAUAAAUACUGACUGGAUUGAAAUUUGACCAAGACAGGAUUUGUACUAUUCUUUCAUAUUAUAAUUAGACUUGAUGGCUAGUUAAUAUUUUAAAGAGUGAGAAUGCAUGAUAUAAAUGAUGUUUUGGAAGCAUGCAGUGAUCUUGAUGAGAAACUGUCAGGGGAAACUUACUCCAGAGAAGAGGAGAUUAAAACACAUCUCAAUUUGGUGGAAUCCAAAUUGAAAUUUGAAGUGCCAGAUUUUCCAGACGGACUAGAAUGGCUAAAUGUCUCUGAACCUUUAUUCUUGAAAAACCAUCUGAAGGGAAAAAUUGUUGUUCUUGACUUUUUCACUUACUGUUGUGUAAACUGUAUGCACAUUUUGCCUGACCUUGAGGCUCUAGAAAGCACAUUCUCAGUUAGUGAUGGUGUUGCCGUGAUUGGUGUACAUUCAGCAAAGUUUGAGAAUGAGAAAGUGUCAGCGAAUAUUCUAAGUGCCAUUCUGCGUUACAACAUUCACCAUCCGGUAGUGAAUGAUCAUGCAGCAACAUUGUGGUCAAAGCUUCAGAUUGCCUGUUGGCCAACACUGGUCAUCGUUGGUCCAUCAGGGCAGUUUCUGUACCAACUUGUUGGAGAAGGACAUCGGCAGAAGUUAUUAGAGUUUGUUCGUGUAGCGAGACAGUACUACCUUGAAAAGGGUGAAGUCAUGAACCAUGACCUGCCGAUCAAGUUGGAACAACUGCCACCAUCACCUUUAAGCUUCCCUGGAAAGGUAUGUGUAAGUGAAGACGGCAGAACAGUGGUUGUCACAGAUACUGGACAUCAUAGAGUUAUUGUUGCGGACAAAAAUGGACAUGUUAAGCAUGUGAUUGGAGGCCCAGACAGAGGGAAUAAAGAUGGUUGUUUUGAGGAGGCCCGGUUUUCAUCACCUCAAGGUCUAGCCCUGGAUGGUUCCAGUGUUUACAUAGCUGAUACUGACAAUCACACUAUCAGAAAGGCUGACCUCAAUGAAAGAAAGGUUGUUACACUCGCUGGCACAGGUAUCCAAGGUAACGACAAAGAAGGAGGAAAAUCUGGUACGCUACAGGAACUAUCUUCACCAUGGGAUUUAUGUAUAGCUGAUAGCAUAGGAGGAGAAAAGAAUGCUGUAUUAUAUAUAGCCAUGGCAGGUACUCACCAGAUCUGGGCCUACUUUCUUGUUGAUGCUGUAUGGUAUAAAAACAAACAGAUAAGUGCUAGAACAUGUAUGAGAUUUGCAGGCUGCGGUGUCGAGGAAAAUCGUAACAACAGUUAUCCUGAGAAAGCUGGUUUUGCACAACCUUCAGGUGUCACCUUGUCUAAAAAACAUAACUGUCUUUUCAUUGCAGAUAGUGAAAGUUCCUCUAUUAGAAGCAUUCAGCUAAAAGACGGUUCAGUGAAGAAUGUUGUAGGUGGUGAUAUUGACCCAAGGAACUUGUUUGCCUAUGGUGAUGUUGACGGUACAGGAACCCAGGCAAAACUUCAGCAUCCUCUUGGUGUUUCCAUGGCAACAGAAGAUGGUCCUCUUCUUAUUGCAGACUCUUACAAUCACAAGAUCAAAAGUAUAGAUAUAGCCAAGCGAUCAUGUCAGACUUUACUUGGCACAGGGAAGCCCGGCUCUAGUAGGGGAGGUAACUUACUUGAGACAGAGUUAAAUGAACCUGGUGGCCUGAGUAGUGAUUGGAGAGGAAAGAAAGUCUACAUUGCCGACACAAAUAACCAUGAUAUAAAAGUGCUCAAUUUAGAGGACCAGACUGUCCAUAGUCUUCCAUUCAUAUUUGCAUCUGAAUCUAGCAACCUUGAUCAACUUGACGAAGGUAGAUCUGUGUCACAGAGAGGCAUGGGUGACCAGGAAAACAGUGUAACUGUCAAGUUGGAAAUCAAACCAGCAGAAGGAGUACAUCUAAACGAGGAGGCUCCAAACUCAUGGAAAUUAUAUUCUGAAGAUGACACGGUUAAAGAGUACUUGGAAUCCAGUGGAGCAAAAUUGUCAGGAGAUUUGACACAAGAUUUAAACCAGACCCUAGUUGUUCUACCAGCAUCAGGUGCCUCAGGGGAGCUGUGCCUUAAACUAGACCUGUUUGUGUGUAAAGACACAGCCUGCAGUAUGGAAAAGAAAACGCUCAAACUGACACUCGACUCAUCAAAAUCGGAACAAGUGUUCCCUUUAGAGUUGGAAGACAAACUUUGAAAGCUCCACUUAAAAUAGAUGUAAAAUAAAAUAUUGCUUGAUAACCCACCUACCCAGUUAUAUCAGCAAUUUUACUCUUUCUUUAAAAUGGUAUUUACCUUGAAAUACUAGUGGAGUAUGUACCUGUACAUUGUAGUGCAUUAUUUAAGUUAUCAA